UUCACAUAUACCGACGACGAGAGAGGCGCGGGGCGCGGGGCGCGGGCUAGCGGCCCGUUGCGCGUGCGCCGCGAUUCACCGGUCACUCAGCGAGCGACAGCCAACUAGGCGGACACUUUAUCGUCCUUGCGUGCAAUUUGAAUACGCGAAUAAAUUAUUAUAAUACAGUCCAAGUCUUAUUACACCGAAGUCCCGUUAGGGCUCCUUCAUUUUCUGGCCCUUCGAAGCGAAAAACCUGCAUACUUCCGUCGCAUUACAAAUGCAACGCAACGGUCAUUGACGUCGCGUGGUUUACAUUGACCGCGCCCAAGGACAAAGGACAAGAAGUCGUCUCCGUCAUCUACGUGGCAGCCUUUGUCGUCUGAAGAAGCUGAUGUCAGGGAGUAUAAUUCUGUAUUUGAGUGAGUCCAUCCAAUUACUUAUUUCCAACUUUCCCUAUUGAAAACUUCUUUUUGCUGAAAUUUUUAUUUUUUAAAUAUUUCUCCAUAAUUAAUCUUCUAGUUAUUCAAGUAAUAUAUUGCUUAAUUACUUCAUUGAUGCAUUAUUUAAUUAUUUCAUAACAAAAAGUACGCACGCACUUGACACGUGUUAACCUUGAAACCGGUCAAGUCUUAUCGCUUUGAAUAGAACCCGUUCGUCUACGCAAACAGGUGCUGCAUUUUUUAUAUCCAUUCAUUACGAUUCCUUUGUUUAAUUUUAUUUUUUAUGACUCUUUUUUUGUUUCACAUUGCAACAUAAAAACUUUAAGAUGUCUGAUAAUUUAAAAACCCUUAUUAAAAAACGUAGUUCAAUAAAGUCUAAAUUAACAAUAUUUAAUAAUUAUUUAAUGUUAAUAAAAAGCAGUCCCGAAUUAUCAGAGUUACAACGUCUUGACCUCAUGGAACGUUUUCGUAAAUUUGAAAAUUUAUAUAAUGAAUUUGAUGACCUGCAGAAUACGAUUGAACUACUUUCCGAGGAUGCCGAGUCUACGUUUACUGAGCGUGAGGACUUCGACCGUCAGUAUUUCAAUCUGGUGGCACUCACGCGCAGCCUGCUCGGUGCUUCGUCCAACGGUACUGGAUCUGAGGCGGGCUUCAAAGAUGCUGACUCAGGUGCACAUAUUUCCAAUUCAAGGAAUUUUAUUCGUUUGCCUAAAAUAGAUUUACCGCAUUUCGACGGGACCUAUCAAUGCUGGCUAGAAUUUCGCGAUACUUUUACAUCUUUAAUUCACAACAAUACUACCAUUAAUGAUAUCAAUAAAUUCCAUUACCUUCGAGCUUCACUCCAGGGUAAUGCAGCUUUAAUUAUUAAAAAUAUUGAUUUUAAAGGGGAUCAUUACAAUAUUGCAUGGGAUCUUUUAUGCGAACGAUACAAUAAUAAUCGCAUUCUCGUCAAUAACCACAUACAGGCCCUUUUUGAUGUCGAGUCAAUAACAAAUGAGUCUAGUGUUUCAAUUAGAAAUCUAGUUGAUACGAUCAAUAAAAAUGUUAGGGCAUUAACAACAUUAAAUCAGCCCACUCAAUAUUGGGAUACUUUACUCAUUUAUAUAAUGUCUAAAAAAUUAGAUUUAAAAACUAGUCGUGAUUGGGAAGAACAUAGAAACAAUACUUUAAAAGAUGAUCCCACUCUAGCACAAUUUUGUUCUUUUUUAAACAAAAAGGCAGAUUGGUUGGAAUCCGUCGAAUCAAAUAUUAAUCUUUCUCAAAAUAAUAUUAUUGUUGCUUUAAAUAAUAAUCAUUCAAAUAAAUUUGUUCCAGAUAAAACUACUCAAAUACCAAAAAAAUCUAAUAAUAAUUUUAAUAAAUGUCCGCUUUGCUCCCAAGCACAUGCUUUAUACAAAUGUGAUUCAUUUCGAAGUUUAUCUAUUGAAAGUCGCAUACAAAAGGCAAAUGAUUAUAAUGUUUGUCUUAAUUGCUUACGGUUAGGCCAUUCUGCUAAGCAAUGCAAACUAUCACAUUGCAAAUAUUGUAAAAUAAAACAUAAUACGCUUUUGCAUUUAAAUUCGAAUGACUUCAAAACUGUCAAUUCAUUGCUUUCUUCUUUGCACCUUGCUACGUCAAAUGUUGCACUUCCGGCCAAUUGCUUGCAGCUUGCUACUUCUGCGCAUGUAUUACUGUCCACAGCUCUGGUGAACGUGAUCGGCGCGUCGGGUAAAAAGUACACUGCACGUCUACUGCUGGACAACGGUAGCACGGCCAACUUUGUUACGCAGACAUUCUUCGAGAAACUGGGUUUGUUACGACGCGGUACUAGCACCAGGGUAACAGAUGCAUCGGAAAAGGCGUACGGGGCAUGUCUGUAUAUUCGAUCAAGUAGUGAUAAUGGCUCUACAAAUGUACAGCUUCUAGUCUCUAGAAACCGAAUAGCGCCUGUCAAACCGACGACCAUACCGAGGCUUGAACUUUGCGGAGCUUUGUUAGGUGCAAGGCUGUGUACUAAGGUUCAGGAAUCGCUUACCAUACCCAUUCAUAGAUGUAGCUUUUGGUGUGACUCUACCAUAGUUCUAGGAUGGCUUUCAACUCCUUCUAAUCAAUUAAAACCUUUUGUUAAAAACAGAGUCAAUGAGAUUUUGGAAAUCACAUCUGGUCACUCCUGGAGCUACGUACCGUCGAAGGACAACCCGGCGGAUCUUGUUUCCCGUGGCCUCAGUGCCGACGUAAUAAACGAUACACCUCUGUGGUGGUCCGGUCCUUCUUUUUUACUUCAUGGUAAAAAGGAGUGGCCGAAAAUGCCAAACACAGAGAAACACGAUUUGCCGGAAGUAGUUACUCAUUUCAUUAGUAAUUGUCGCAAUCAUUCAUACGUUUAUCAUUCAGACGCAAUCACGCAUUCAUCAAUCAUUAAUUGCUUAUUAGAAAAAUAUUCUAGCCUAAAUAAAAUUUACAAAAUAUUUACAUAUAUACAAAGAUUUAUUUAUAACUUAAAACAUAAAAAUAAAAUGCAUGGCAAUCUUUCUGCAAAAGAAAUACAAAAUUCAAUAAAUACUAUUAUACAUCAUUGUCAACUUGAAAUGUUUCCUGAAGAGUAUAAUCUUUUAAAAUCUGGUCAGAAAUUGCCACGCAAAAGUAGAUUGCUUCCUUUGACUCCAUUCAUUGACAAUCAUAAUCUCAUUCGCGUGGGCGGGAGGCUUGACAACUCCCCCUACGAUUUUAACAUAAAACAUCCCAUUGUAAUUUGUAGUAAGCAUAUUUUUACUAAACUUUUAUUUCAUAUGCAACAUUUAAAACUUUUACAUGCCGGCCCACAAUUAUUAUUGUCACAUAUAAGACAAAGUUAUUGGCCUCUAGGUGGCAGAAACUUAUCUAGUCUUAUCGUAAAUAAAUGCCUCACAUGUUUCAAAAAUAGAGCACAAAAUGUACAGCCUCUAAUGGGUCAUUUACCUAGUGCUCGAACUAAUCUGGAAUUUCCAUUUCUCAACUGUUAUGUAGAUUACGCGGGGCCAGUAUUGAUAGCCGAUCGUAAAGGCCGCGGUUGCAAACUUAUAAAAUCUUAUAUGUGCAUCUUUGUUUGCUCAGCAGUAAAAGCAGUGCACUUGGAGCUCGUCUCUGAUCUUAGCACUGAUGCUUAUAUGGCCGCGCUACAUCGUUUCAUAGCGCGUCGAGGCAAACCGCGGACGAUAACAUCUGAUAACGGCACGAAUUUCGUAGGCGCAUCCAACGAAAUACAGAAAUUUAUUCAAUCAUCGAAUGUUGCGUGUGAGAUAGCACAAGAGGGUAUCGAUUUCAUUUUCACACCUGCUUAUAGUCCUCAUUUCAACUCUUUAGCGGAAGCAGCAGUCAAAUCAUGCAAGCAUCAUUUAAAAAGAUUACUUUCUCUAACCCAUUUCACAUUUGAGGAGAUGACUACGUGUCUCACUCAAAUAGAAGCGAUUCUAAAUUCGCGUCCUCUAACACCUCUCUCUUCAGACCCUAAUGAUUUUUCGGCACUAACUCCUUCUCAUUUUCUAAUUGGACGACCACUCUUAUCAGUACCAUGCUCUCGGGUGACUGAAGCCGACAUCACUCGACUGGACCGAUGGAGGAGAAUCCAGUACAUACGACAUCACUUCUGGAGCCGCUUCCAUAAUGAGUACACUUCUUUGCUACAGGCCAAAUCCAAAUGGUUUAGUUCCAGAGGGGAGGUGAAACCAGGGUCUUUAGUCCUAAUCAAGGACAAAACAACACCACCGCUGCUCUGGUCCCUGGGUCGGGUCACACAGACCUUUCCCGGCGUAGACGGAGUCACGCGGGUGGCAGAAAUCAAAACGAAGAGAGGAACAAUUCGUCGCGCUUUCAAUAACAUCUGCCCCCUUCCUGAUCAAGAUUGAAGAGCACUCUUCAACCCGGGGAGUAUGUCGGCGCUUCACAUAUACCGACGACGAGAGAGGCGCGGGGCGCGGGGCGCGGGCUAGCGGCCCGUUGCGCGUGCGCCGCGAUUCACCGGUCACUCAGCGAGCGACAGCCAACUAGGCGGACACUUUAUCGUCCUUGCGUGCAAUUUGAAUACGCGAAUAAAUUAUUAUAAUACA